GGAAAACAAUGCAGAGAAGAAGAAUUUUGUUGAUGAAGUGUUGCUUUCGCUUAGCAGCGAUAUUGUAUAGGUUUUUCCAAAUAUAACAUGUUUUAUACGGUUAAAAUGUAUUAUUGACUUCUAAGUACGUCAUUCGUAUUUAAAAACGCGUCAAAGUGCGGUCUGUGUUGUUCAGUAUCGGCGGCUACAAGUUCAAUAGUCAUGAGCGACAAGGACACUUCUGCUUUCGCCGCAAAUAAAGACAAGGACUCAACUCUUCUGCUCACUAAAGACGGACAGAAGUAUUUUGUUAAUAAAAGCGGAGCUGUGGACAGCAGGAAUGUCAAUACGCCGCAAGAGUCUGAAAACAACGUGUCCUCUUUGAGCAUAGACGAUCCGGACGAAGAGAGCGACGUCCUGGAUGUUUCUGACCCUAGAGACGGUGCAGCCAGCCCGGAGGAGCUCAAUGAGGAGGAGACCUCCGAGAGCGACAACGCCCCCAAGCAGUGCACCUACGAAGGUUGCACCGAGAAAACCACACAGGUGGCGAAGCAGAGGAAGCCGUGGAUGUGCAAAAAACACCGCAACAAGAUGUAUAAAGAUAAAUAUAAGAAGAAAAAGAGUGACCAGGCGAUGUCCAGCGGGAAGCUCGAAGAAAACUCUGAGGAGCGUCCAGUGUCUGUGAACAAACAGCGUAUGGGGGCCAUGGGGGACCGUCCAGCCAGACCCUCCCUCAUAGAGCAGGUGCUCAACCAGAAAAGACUGUCUCUGCUCAGGAGUCCAGAGGUGAUCCGGUUCCUUCAGCAGCAGCAGCAGCUCCUGGCUGCACAAACCCGCAGCCAGUCACAGCAACACUUCCAGGGCUGUUGACGUCGAACUGAUUGGUUUGCAUCAAAUGGACUGUUAUAAAAUACAAAUAAACCCUAUUUGGUGCAUAAUCAGAUAAAGCUGAACAUCUGACCUUUAACUUUUACAGAAAAUAUUUGUAUAAGUGUAAGCAAACAUUUCCCUCCAUUUAAUCCUUCAUAUUGCAAAAUUAAUCCACACCUUAAAAUGUAACUGUCUAAAAUUGUUUGGAUUUUGAAACACUGUUUAUGUAUAUUUAUGUUGAGUUUUUUAAAUGAUAAUUUAUGUUAAUUCUUGCUCUUCUUGGUGGUAUUUAUGUGUUGUAUCAUUGUGAAAAAAGGCUAAUAUAAUUAAUUUAAAUCUAUAUUAGUUGUAUGGUAUUAAUAAAGUGUAACAAAUGCAUAAUUUCAUGUAUGUUGAAAUAAUCCAUUUUUCUUUUACAAACAAAAAGCCUCCCUGCUUGUUUUUUUAAAAAACAUCUUUUUCAUCAAUGUUCAGUACAAGCUAAAUUAUUUAUAAAUGCAAAAAAAGUCAAAAGGUUAAAAAUGUGAGAUGUGAAAAUGGAAGUUAUUGUAUGACAUCUUUGUUGCACAGUUUUCCCUGCUGAGUGUAUAAAAAUAAAAAAAACAUUGAUAGUGAGACAAAGUGAAUUUA